AUGAUAGAAACUAUGCUACUUCAAGUACCAGGACAAAUAUGCUCUCCUGGGAUCACACUGCCUGUCAACACCACGAGCUCCGUCUUCUCCAGCUUCCUGGUCACAGGCAUCCCAGGCCUGGAGGCUGCACACAUCGGAAUCUCCAUACCCUUCUGCACCAUGUUUCUCAUUACCUUGCUGGGCAACGUGACCAUCAUGACAGUGAUCUGGAGGGAGCACACCCUCCAUGUGCCUAUGUACCUCUUCCUGGCCAUGCUGGUGGCCUCUGAUCUGGGCCUGUCCCUCUUCACCUUCCCCACCAUGCUGCGCAUCUUCUGGCUGGAUGCUCGAGAGCUCACCUUCCCCGCUUGCUUCACCCAAAUGUUCUUUAUCCACACCUUCCAGGACCUCGAGUCAGCCGUCAUUCUGGCCAUGGCCUUCGACCGCUAUGUGGCCAUUUCUCAUCCACUGCACUACUCCUCCAUCCUCACACAUGGGGUGAUCGCCAAGAUAGGCUUGACUAUUGUUCUUCGGACUUUGACAGUACAGGUACCUGUUCCUGUCCUUUUGAAGCGGCUGUGUUUCUGUCGCUCCAAUGUGCUUUCCCACUCUUACUGCCUGCACCCUGACAUCAUAAAGCUCUCCUGCUCCAAUACCAGGAUCAACAGCAUCUUUGGGCUCUUUGUGUUGCUGUCCACCAUGGGGCUUGACUUCCUCCUCAUUCUGCUCUCUUAUGCAUUGAUUCUGAAGACUGUGCUGAGCAUCGCCUCCCACGGUGGGCGCCUCAAGGCUCUCAACACGUGCAUCUCCCACCUGUGUGCGGUGGUCCUGUUCUUCACACCCAUGAUCUGCCUGUCCAUGCUGCACCGCUUUGGCCCCAGGCUUCCCUCCCACGUCUACGUGGCCAUGGCCAACAUGCACUUCCUCAUUCCUCCCGUGAUGAACCCCAUCGUGUAUGUGGUGAAAACUAAGCAGAUUCGAGACAAAAUCCUGAAACUCUUCUUCAAACAAAGAGUAGAAAAAUCUGAAGUCAUGUUUGUAACUUAA